CUGUUCUCAACAUCCGGGGUAUUUUCUUGUUGCGACAUUUUGCUUUGACCACAGUCCGCGUGAGACGGUGGUAUACUGCGUGCAGCCAUCCCGGACGAAAUUCUGUUGCCACCCAACACCCUACCUGGGCACCACUUUGCUGUGUCUACCAUUGCUUUGCAACCGCAACCUUUGUAUAUGUCUUUGUUUUGUCGCAACGAGUUGUUGCUGAGGCCCUGGGCUAUUCUCAGUGACCCUACAGGACUCUCCUACAGUUCUCAACCAAUCAGGUGGGUCCAUCACAAGCACCCACGGGUUCCGCGGCCAAUAAGGUUUAUGCCUUGGACCAAGAACGAGCGCUUGAUAUGCAGUAGAAAGAGUCAUCUUAAGUGUGUUCGGUAUAAGAAUAAACACAACAGAAAUCAGCAGCCAUGGCACUCAAUGUCAACAGAGAAGUGCAAGACCAGUUCUAUCGCUACAAGAUGCCCCGCAUCAUAGCUAAGGUGGAAGGAAAAGGAAAUGGCAUCAAGACGGUGAUCCCCAACAUGACCGACGUUGCCAAGGCACUUAGCCGCCCAGCCACAUACACAACUAAGUUCUUUGGCUGUGAGCUUGGUGCGCAGACCCAAUUGGAUGUGAAGAACGAUCGCUACAUCGUGAACGGUGCCCAUGAUGCUACUAAGCUGCAAGACUUGCUUGAUAUCUUCAUCAAAAAGUUUGUACUCUGCCAAGAGUGCGACAACCCAGAAACUAACCUGAAAGUCUUUGUCAAGAAAGGCGUGAUUGCCCAGCACUGUAUCGCCUGUGGUUACACGGGCAUGCUUGACAUGACCCACAAGCUCACCACUUACAUUCUCAAGUACCCACCAGAUCAGACCAAGGCCAAGGACACCCCCAGCAAGACGGACUCCAAGCGCAAACGUGACAAGAAGGGGAAGCAGCAGCAGGAGAAUGGGACUGACGGCGGGUCGCCCACCUCACACAGCCCCCCUCCAGAUCAGGAGGACGAUGAUUGGGGUGAUGACGGUGACUGGUCUGUGGACACGAGUGCCGAGGCCGUGGCCGCGCGUAUGGAGCAGCUCCUGACUGACGGCGCCAAGGCCAUAACCCUGAACGACGACUUGGUCAAGACUGUUGAGGAACGUCUCAACCAGUUCUUCGAGUUCGUCAAGGCCAAGCGUGAUGCAGGUCAGAUUGAGGGGAAUGACAAGGAGAUCUUUGCCGAGGCGGAGCGCCUUGAUGUGCACGAGAAGGGCAUCCUCGUGCUGUGUGAGCUGCUGCUCGACGACAAGAUGGUCACCCAGCUCAAGAAGUACCAGAAAAUUUUCCUCCGGUUCUGCUACGAGAGCCCUAAAACCCAGAAGAACCUGCUGGGAGGGUUCGAGCAGCUGGUGAACCUUCACAAGGAGGCCCUGCUGCCCAAGGUGCCCGUCCUGCUGAAGACCAUGUACGACCUGGACCUGGUGGACGAGGAGGUCAUCCUGCAGUGGGGAGACAAGGUUUCUAAGAAGUACGUGUCCAAGGAGCUGUCCCAGCAGAUCCACGACAAGGCCGCUCCAGUCAUCACCUGGCUGAAGGAGGCUGAGGAGGAGACCAGUGAAGAUGAGGAUGAGGUGGAGGUUGUGUAUGACAACAAGGCCACUGAGCUGAAAACCGAGAAGGUGCCCACCAACAACCAGGAGGAAGAGGAUGACCUGGACAUUGAUGCCAUCUAGAGACGUUGUACGGAACUGCAUUCUCAUACUACUGUUUCUACACAAAAACUGGCUGUAGACCAAACGUUUUAGUAACAUGAGGUAUUCAGUAUUACAGCCAUGACUAUAGACAUUGUCGAAAUCAAAUAUAUAGACUUACUUAACAGCUGUAUCAAGGUUAAAGCUGUUGGAUGGAAGUUCCACUGCUUAUACUGACUGAAGAACUUGGACAGCUCUCUUCAUUCACAUCCAAAUAACAAAGUUACAGCUUGAGAUUAUCAUAUCUCGCAGUUAGUAGACAGGGCAGCUCUUGGUGUUUAUCAUAAGCUCAGCUACUUCAUAUAAUAGGUAAGAAUUACACAAAUAAGCUUCAUAGUUGCUGGACCCCCUUCACUAAUGUGGGGGACAUUUGAUUCUCAAUGUUUGCUCACUAUUUGCUUAUUGAAAUUUUUGAACACAAAUGGAGAAAAAUGCUGAGAUGUCCACUACUGGGCACAGUCCACAGAGGCUAAUGUUGAAACUGCAUGAUAAACUGCCUGUAUGAUUCAAAUACAGCAAGGGUGUCAUUUUAUGAUUGUUGAAUACAGCUUGGAGAACUCUUCCUAUCAGCAGUCGUAAACAGUAUCAGGUAAUGCCAAUUACAUUGACUGUAGAUCAGGAUAAGAUACCAUUCUUUGUUGGAGGCAUCUAAAGUAGUAUCCAACAGGUAGUGAUAACCAAUCAAUGAAGUCUGUUAUGUGGCUUUGUACAUGCAGUACACCUUGCCAUGCUGUACACAAGUUAACCUGCUUGGAAAAAAACACCCGGAAAUUUAUGAACAUAGAAUAGCAUUGAGUGUAAGCAAGCUUGUCUGCACCUGAACCCUUCACUGAGAAAAAUCCUGGAGUUGCAAAUUACUUGGACAAAAAAGUAGAUUGUCAAUAACUUGCAUUACUUAUGACAGAAGAUUGAGCAUUCCUCUGGGCUUGUCGUUCCACUUGACUUGAGAAGGUACCAUGUCGCUGUAAAGCUCAGCAUUUAUUAAUAUGUGAAUCUGUAUAUUACAUGUUUUAAGUGUUUAGUGCUGUUCAAUGUAGUGGAAAUGUCUGUCCAAGAGAAAAUAUUGUUGGAGUGCUUUAAAGUUUGGUUUAGGUAUGUGUUCAGAGGAAGUAUUCUUGAAUCAGUGGAAAUAAAUAGUGCUGUGCUAUCAGA